AAUCUCGAAACCCAUCUUUAAUAAUAUUUCCAUUUCCAUUUCUUCGAACACUUUCCAGAGCUCUUGCCCCGCCGUUUCGCUCGCUACCUUAUCCAUGGCGUCUACUUUCUUCACUCUGAAGCCUUUCAUAAGCAAAAUCGAUGCACCCACUUCGUGGAAUCAGAGAUUACAGAGCACUCGGAGAACUUCCCUUAGAGUCUGUGCAGUGGCGAAGAAAUUGGAACCCGCCAAGGUUGUUCCUCAAGGUGAUAGAGUCCUCAUUCGGCUGGAGGAGCUUCCUGAUAAAUCAGCAGGCGGAGUUUUGUUACCCAAGUCAGCUGUUAAAUUCGAGCGUUAUCUUUUGGGAGAAAUCCUCUCUACAGGUGCCGAUGCUGAUGCUGGGGAAUUGGAGAAGGGAAAGAAGGUUCUUUUCUCAGACAUGAGUGCGUAUGAGGUGGAUUUAGGUACAGAUGCAAAGCAUGUCUUCUGCAAAGCAAGUGAUUUGCUGGCUGUAGUUGAGUAAAGAUUCAGGAUAAGAUUGCCAUAACUCUGGUUUUAUUUUAGGUACCUUCUUUUUUUUGAGAGGCAGAAGGAUAUUUCAGGCAUUUCCAGCUAUAAUAUCAAUCUAGUUGAAUAUUUCAUAUUUAGAUCUCUUACCUCAGUCUUUGAUAAAUACUUUACUCUGUUUUGCCAUUUCUGUCUUCUGACAAACAUUUCUAAGAACUUGCAAACUGAUAGAAGUCAGGAGAGGGAGACCAUGGUAAGGUGUUGCAAGAUAAGGUCUAUUGAAAUCAAACUGAUUAGUUUGGGCUAAAAUCGAAUUUUCAGUAAUAGUUAGUUUGGUUCGGUUUGUGUUAAUAUAGCAAGCUGAUUAUCACAGUUUGGUGUACAUGGAAUCGUAUCGAAUGGUGGGAGAGGGGGAGAGAAUAUGAGGAAGAUAUUAGGAUAAUUUUGAUUUCAAUAAUAGAAAAGACCGACUGGAUCGGACUACAAACUGGUUUGAUUUUGGCUCGGUUUAGUUGGUUUUUA